UUUAAUCAAUAUUGUUCUAAACUUGUUCGGUCGUAAAUAGUUUAUUGAUUUCCGAAUAGAUGUAUUUGGACUGCUAUUUUUCAUUAUUACCGUGUUAUAAUUAAGUAUAGAUACAUUACACACGGUCUAAGUUACAUUCUUACAGAAUAACAGUGGAUUUAUUUAAAAUACUCAUCUGAAACCAGUUAUAGGACAGUAUGGUAGGGCAGAAGAUACUAAGGACAGGUGUCCUGGAUGUAAAAUCUCCCGCAACAUCGUCCUUAGCACGAGGAUGGAGACUUCCGCCAUGGAAAACGAGGCGUGUUGACCUAGUGGAGGGAGAAAACGGCAUAAUGGAGCUGAACAUUUACAAGGAAAACAGUCAAAAUCUUGUUGAUACCUAUCAGCUUAAAAACAUAAGUGACAUCACCAUGGUGACGUCAAAGACGCACCUGCACGCAUUUGAAAUAUUCUCCGCGGGUAAAUCAGUCCUUGUGAUGUCAGGGGAUACAGAACUAGAAAGUCGGGAUUGGAUCUGGACUCUGCGGAAAAUAUUUUGGCCGGAUGCACUUGAACAGAUAGAUUCACACGAUAAAAUAAGUCUGAAGUUAAUUUCAAAUGGUGACACCAGUCGGAUACAUCUAGUGGAAGGAGUCUAUGACAUUCGUGUGACAACGGUUGCCAUAACGAUAAGUCUUCUCCACAAGGGAGAUAGUCGAUCCACUCCGGUGGAACCGUUUGGAGAUAAAGAUCCAACGAAGUCAGUCAGUCUACCUUUCACAACUAUGGCAAGGUUCAGACUUGAGAAGGAAAAUCCGCAGUCUCGCCUUUUGAUUGAAACUGUGCCGGAAAGUAAGUAUGGAACCAGUACAUUUGUGUUCGAGGAAUCAGACGAGGACGGGAUCCAAAGUGUGCGAGACGUUAUGGGUAUUAUAAAAAGCACGUUAUUUCGUGCAACAAAUAGUUUGCAUGACUGUAUUGCCAGUUCGCAGUGGACUUUCGAUGAAGAGACUUAGAAAUAUAUCUUACAAGCAUUAACAUUUAAAUAAAACUUUCUUAUGACUUUUAGCACGAUAUUUAUAACUGCGUAUAUGUAGCAGCUCAAAAAGUAAGUAAAUGGUUCUUUCACACAUAGUGAAAUAUUUGGUGUAUCGGUCCUGUUUCUCCUGUGAAUUAUUACUGUUUCUACUUUAGAUAAUAACUAAGAUAUGUUUAUUUAAUGAUCUGUAAAUUGUGAACAUCA